AUGCUUUCGUUGCUACAACAACGGAAGAAGAAAAAUAGAAAAUAUUGGUAUAUAAUUACUCAUUUUACGCUCGGAAGUGCUGUGAAACAAAAUUAUGCCAACAAAAUUGACUUUGUUGGCGGCAAAGAAGUCUACCCGCUAGACAUUCAAAUUGUCCCUUCACUUUCACUUGCUACAACAUCGUGCACUUCCAAUAGUGAUUGUGGUUCCAAUGGUAAAUGCUCCUUGACCACGAAUACAUGUAACUGUACUACAACUGGCUAUGUUACCGUUCAAUCUAAUCAGCCAUGUGCAUAUGAACAAAAGAAAAAACUCAACACAUUUUUACUGUCGUUCUUCGUAGGUUGCUUUGGAGUCGAUUGGUUCUAUUUAGCGGCUGGCAAUGGUGGGUAUAUUGCAGCAGGUGUUUUUAAAUUACUAACAUUUGGUGGUUUUGGGUGUUGGGCUUUAGCUGAUUGGAUUCGCGUACUUACCGAUAAUUUUCCUGAUGGGCAAGGUGUAGCAUUACAAGGUUGGUGA